UUCGUAUUGAUUUCGUGUUUUAUUGUUGUAAGACGAGAAGAUAAAGUAUACGGUUGAAAAAGUUUUAAAGAUUCAAGAUUUAUAUUCAUCAAUGACACACUCAGUCAUCGUCUCUGAUUCAUCAAGUAAAUCCAAGAAGACAACGUACGUCACGGUAAAGUCUGGUUUAUAGGCGUUUCCGCGUCGGCCACAAACUACUGAAGUAAAUAUUUCAGAAAAUUCGACGACAUUCGAGGUGCGUUAAACGAACAGGAAACAUGAACGUUAUCUGAGUGCGUGAAAAUUUUAAUGAACGCGGUUAUUAACAUUUAAAUUUUUUUUUGAUUUAAAUAAAUAACAUUUUAGACAAUAACAAAUUAAAAUGGAGUUUCGGAAAAUAAUUUUUAUAAUCGUUUCGGUUUAUUUAAUUAGUUUGAUUUGUGGAGUGUUUAGUUUUAAUAUUGAUACAAAGUUUCCUAUUGUUUAUAAAAACCCCGGUGAGGACAACAAUACAUUUGGAUAUUCUGUAAUUUUAUAUGAGGGUAACAGCGAAACAUCCCCUUGGAUUCAAAUAGGGGCUCCUAAAUUUAAAUAUAAUAAGAGUGUAGAAACGGGGCAUGUAUAUAGAUGUGGAAUUAAACAAUCAUGUAAUCUCCUAAACAUGAAAAUAGAGCUUAAUGUAGAAACAUCAGUGGGGUCAUCACUAGGACAUUCAAUGGAUAUUAGUCCAGAUGGAUCAAUAUUUGCUACAUGUGGUCAUAGAUACAUCGAGCGAUCAACAGAAACUGCAGAUUAUUAUUCAAAAGGUUUUUGCCAUUGGGGAAACACGAACGAAAAUACCACUCAACAAAAAAUUCCUUUGAAGGACGAAAAAAACUUUUUUGAAAGAAAAAACCCGAAAUCAUUAAUUUACGCUUAUGGCAAUGGACAAGCCGGAUUUUCUUUACAAUUCGCCAAUAUCCAUAAUAAUACUGAUUCUACUCAUAUAGUAGUUGGUGUACCAGGGGCUAUGAAUUGGGCUGGAACAUUUUUGUUAUGGCUAGAACAAGCUGGUGUGGGUGCUGCACGAAGACGUAGAAGAUCUACCUCGUUUUCUAAUAGCAAAUAUGAACCUUUUCGAACGAAUCCUAUAGGCGAUUUAAGUUUAUCAGGAUAUUCGGUAACUUCUGGAUAUUUUUAUGAGAAAGACCGUUUAGAUUACGCUUUUGGGGCUCCAAGAGUAGGCAUGAUAGGGUCAGUUAACCUUGUUAAUUACAUUAACAAUGAGAACAUCAUAUUCGAAAAAUAUCAUUCAUUCGAUGGGGUGCAAUACGGAGAAUAUUAUGGUGGUGCUUUAGCUGCGGCCGAUUUAAACGGAGAUGGUUAUUCCGAACUUAUUGUCGGUGCACCUACAUUCAAAGCCAAUAAAUACAAUGAAGGAAAAAUUUAUAUUUAUAAAGGGGGAAAGACACUUUCUAGUGGAAGUGAAAAUAGGAUUUUUAUAGAAGGAAAGGAUGUUGGAGCUCAAUUUGGGGAUUCAAUAGCUUCACUUGGAGACAUAGAUUUUGAUGGAUUCAACGAUAUUGCUGUAGCUGCAACAUAUGCAGACAAUGGAAUAGGAAGUGUUUAUAUUUAUAGAGGUAGUAAAGAAGGUCUCGUUGUAAGCAACCCGCAAAUAAUAAAAGGAAAAGAUAUUGGCUUGAAUGUGCUUGGAUUUGGACGAAGUAUUGCUCGACCGCGUGAUAUCGAUGGAAAUGGAUAUAAUGAUUUAGCAAUUGGAGCUUAUAAAUCGGAACAGGCGUUUAUAUUCAGAGCAAAACCAGUGAUUACGUUAAAACUGCCACAAGUGGUGAAAUCCGUUACAAUUGACUAUGGAAUGACAGCGUUUAAUUUAACUUUUUCUGUAGAGUAUGAAACGAAAAGACCAUUAGAAGACCCUAAAUUGACUUUAAUACCGACUUUAGUCAUUGAUCCAACUUACGGAAGGGCUAUUGUAGAAGCUCCGGAAAAAAUUCAAUUGUUAGGUCCUGGUAUGCCAAUAACUCAAACAUAUAAUAUAAAAAUAGUAAAAGAUGAUCCUCAAAAUAUUGACAAAGAAAUGGAUUACACGUUAAGUUAUAAAUUAGAAGAACGCACCAUUAACCCUGAAAUGAUAGUGAUUGAAAAAGAAGGAAUCAGCGGAAACGAUGCUUUUUGCAGAUCCUGUCCCGUUUUUGAUCCGAAAAGUAAACAAGACGUUACAGGAUCAGUUAGUUUUAAUUUGGGAUGUGGUACAGAUAACAAAUGUUAUCCUAUUCUUCAUGUGAAUUCACUGUUUGAAGAAAUCAGCAAGAAUGGUGAUAACAUAUUUACAAUAGGAUCUAAAUCAUACAUAAAAUUGGUAACUGAAGUUUCAAACACAGGAGAUAAAGCCUACCAAACCAAACUAUCUGUUAAAUUACCGAGUAAACCAAAAGUUACGUUACGAAAAUUACCUGCGACUUGUAAAUUGGUUGAUACUGAGGUUACUUGUACAAUUGCAAAUCCAUUGGAAGGCGAUAAAAAGACGGUAGAAUUAGAAUUGGAUAUGAGCCAUAUUAAUGAAGGUACAACUGAAAAUCUUUUGUUCAACGUUUCCGUUUCAACUAUUGGUGUAAAUAACGGAAUAAAAUUUAAGGAAGUGCAACUUUUAGCAAUGAAAAGUGCCAAAAUAGAGAUUUCAGGGAGAUCCAAAGAAGAAUAUUAUACAUUCGAUAACACAUCUUCAACUGUAGAAUUUACUCAAGUUUUACAGAUACAAAAAGAAGGACCAAGUGCGUUAGAAAACGUAUUAAUAGACGUUGAAGUACCGGUUAGUUAUGGAACAGAUUAUUUUAUUGAAAUGUAUCAACCAACUUUAAAAGAACAUCCUAUUACGUGUGACAACACGGUAGCUUUUAUCGAAAAAAAAUCAUUAAGUAACGCUGAUAGUUCCACAACUAGAAGUAAAAGAAGACGAAGAAAUACCGUCGAAGAUGUCACGCAAAAAUUUAAACAUUUCACCGAAUUUUAUAUUAAUUGUUCCGAUGAUGGACAAGUAGAAAAAGGAUUAAAAUGCGAAAAACUUCAAUGUAGUACCGGACGUGUAAAUAGAGAUGUAAUUGAAAUACUAUUUAAGUAUAGAUUACACAUUGGGUCGAUUUCACGAGAUAUUCUAGGGGAAAGCGACGUAAUUAUUUAUAGCACUAAUUUUGGUGCAAAAAUUGAUGAUAAAGCUUUAGAAUCAACACAUCUUCAUAAGAGCUUAUCAAGUGUUUUGGUUGGUCCAAAUGUUGAGAAAAUGGUUCCAAUUUGGAUCAUUAUAGUCGCAGUACUAUGUGGUGUUUUAGUUUUAGCUAUAAUCGCCGCUGUGCUUUACAAGUUUGGAUUCUUUAAAAGAAAAAAUAAGGAGAAAUUAAAGGAGAUGGCUGAUCUUGGAGCCACUGAAGCUACAAAUUUGUCGGCAACCGACGAUGAAUAAUAUUAUUGACAUGAUAAGGCUUGUUAAUUUGGAGAGAAGAUUGUGCCAUUUUUUUAAAACAGACUUUUUUAUUAAUUAAUACUUGAACAAACUGCAUCAAAUAACCAAUUAUCUUCUUUUUUAAUUCAAUGAUAUCUUAUUUGUACUUAUUAUACUUUAAUAUUAGUGUAACGAUAAUAUCUUAAUAAAAGUGGAGUCAAUCAGAAAAUUACGCAUAU